AUGUCCAAUGAAACAAACCCUAAAUUUGCCCAGCAACUCAUUGGCUAUGGAGCAAGCUUGUAUCUCCAGAAACCCAUUUCCCUGCAUGAUCUUAAAUACCUCUGGCAACAUGCGUUUCGAUGGCCUCGAGUCGCCGCUGCUAAAACGUAUACGUAUCUACGUGGCACUGGUUUGUCGACCAUUAAUGAUCCGGAGGGGAAGAACAAGGAAGUGAUUCCGCCAGACAGGGGCAAAGAUGAUCGACAGAAGCGAGCAGUAGACAUGGGGGAAGGUGGUCUGAAGUUCGGACAUGUAGCAUCCAUGUCGAAGACAUCAUAUGAAGAGAAAAGUAGAAAUGGGAAUAGGAUUGCGUCGAGCCUGAAUAGGUUAUCCGGAAGCAGGACGAGGAAAGCGCGGCUUGUUUGGUGUAAGGAGCUCCACCAUAAGUUUGCGGCCGCCAUCACUGCAUUAGGCGAUGAGAAAGCUCGUCCGAAGUCGAUAUUGAAGAUGAUGAAGGAGCCUAAUUUGACGCAUCGCCAGAUUGCUAGCCAUCUGCAGAAACACAAGGCACAAAUGCAUCGUACGCCAAGGUCUAGCCCCAGUAAUUUAGCGUCGAAUACGACUGCAUCUACAAGCAUUUAUGACAAACCGGGAUUCUUUUGCUUGCCUCAAACGCCAGAAGUAACUCUACAACCAACAGGUUCGGCUAUUUGUUUUAACCGGAAUAAUCAACAGUGGCAUCAGAAGCUGAAUCAUAGUCUAGGUUUCGAUCCCAUGAGUUCAAUGAAUGGAACUCUACAAUUGCCACCAAGCAUGCCUGCGUCUACUGGGAUUAUGGGAAAUCAAUUUCAGAACAAUAUGUGGAGUCAAACAUUGGUAGAUAAAUCUGGGACAGAGGUGGAGAAUGGAGCUGCAACACAGUCAGAAAAAUGGACACCAGAACAGUCAGCACACUUGGUUGAUUUGCUGAAAGUUCUUGAUGAUGAUGCAGAUGAUUGUAUGGAUCCUGCCAUUGAACCACUUCCAGCUGAGGUUGAUCAAGUGUGCCAAUGGCUCAAGGAAGCUAUGCUUGGAAACGAUUAA